CAAAUGUCAAUUUAGACAACGAUGAUGACAAUUAUUUGUUGAAUUCAAUCGAAAUGCCGAAAAAGUAAACAAAAACCAGUUGUAGGUGUACAUACAUAGUUAAUACUAUAGGAAAAUGGUUGUAAAUGAUAUAAACACUCUGGCCGAAGACUUGGAAAACCAAGAACUAGCGGCACCCAGUGGAAUUGCCAGCCCCGAAGUCUACGGCCAGCUUCUAGCCAUCUACCUUUAUCAGAACGACUUGUGUAACGCCAAGUUUCUAUGGAAGAGAAUUCCAGCUAGUGUUAAGACAGCGGCCCCUGAAUUGGGCCAGAUAUGGGCUGUGGGGCAUCAUUUGUGGAAGAGCGACUUUCCAGCCACCUACCAAGCACUGAAUGCGGUGAAAUGGUCGGAAAAUGUCGCUGAGAUUAUGCAAAACGUUCAAAUUGUGGUAAGGUCAAGAGCCGUCGACCUCAUGUCGCAGGCAUAUUCCUCAAUAAAUCUACAGACAGUCCAGGCAAUGACUGGCCUGGACUCCGAGGUUUGCAUUGCGGCCUGUAAAGAAAAAGGGUGGCGGGUCGAAACCGACUCAAAAAUCGUUUAUCCGGUUAGAAAAGCAGCGGAGCCUCUAUCCCAGUUGAGCAGUGAGGAUCAACUGUUCAAGCUAACUGACUUUGUCUCUUUUCUCGAAAAUUAACUCAUUUGUUUUUUGUAAUUGUAAGAAUCUGCAAUAAAACUAUUUAAGUCA